AUGAAAUUCCUCAGCGCGUUCGAUACCACCAUCCCACCAAGUCGGACCAUGACCGGCACUCCGGCGGAGGCAAGACUCUUGUACUGCAAAUCCCAUGUAUCGAUCCAUCCUACCUCACACCGCAACGAUGACAUAUCUGGAUACUUGGCCAUUGUACAAACUGACUCCCCCGUCUCCGCCCCGCUCCCAGAGUCCACCGGCUCCCUAAAGCCGCCCAAUGGGGCUAUACUAAUUUCCUGGGUCCCGAAUGAACUGUUGGAGCAAAUGAAUGAACAAGAUCGGGAGAGCUACAAGCGAUCGCGUGGAGCCGAGCUUUGGCUUGUAAAUCCGACGAAAUCGGAUCGAGAAGUACACGAACACGCAGUAGAGGAUCCAGUACCCCCGCGGUCGACAAGCAAGUCUUCGCACACAACGUCACCGCCUGACGUGCAGCAGGCGCCUUACCCUCCCAAACCGUUCUUUCCCAACUCGUCCGUUCUUAGCCAGAAUACUCCCAAACAGACCCUUCUGACCGGCCUGUCCACCUUGACCAACCUGUCUCGAAAAACGGCUCAGCAGCUUCUAUCCCACCCUCUUGCUCAACCCAUGGUACCUCAUCUGCCACCUAUAGUGCAAAAUUUUGUCAACGCCUCGGGAGAAUGGGAACGCUCUGGUCGAAGCACUACGAAGACGGCAGGGGGCGGCGACGUGGCGAAUGAGUUUGAGGCCGCUCGACUAUACCUCGCUCGUUGGGCCCGCGUUGUGGCCGAGGAGGGGGAGCGUGCCAGGCGGAAUGAAGUGACACGCCACGCAGACCUUGCUCAAAGUGUUCGAGUGGGGUCAGAGGAUCUUGCCAGUUCGUUGGGUGUCUUCUCUCUCUUGACCAGUCCCAACUCCAAGCGCCCCAUACCCCAUCCUACUCGCAUGCCACAUCAACCUAUUACGGCCAAGGAAUGGGAUCUCUUUGCUGCACAAGGCCGAGACGAGCUGUGGGUGAGACGAGAGAUUUUCAGGCGAGGUCUUCCAAGUGCCUCUGAAGUCGGCAACGAGCACGUGAGGAGGGAAGGCUGGGAAGUUUUACUCGGCGUUGUGCCCUGGUCUGUAGGCGGGCUUGGAGGAGGAGAGGCCGGUCAACCAAAAAGACGGCAAGAGCGACACGAACUUUUGGAGAAAAAGAGGACCGAGUACGCCGUACUAAAAAAGCGGUGGCAGGAAGAGGCAGAUGCGCGGAGAACCGACUCGUGGAAAGACGAGUGGCAUCGGAUAGACGUCGAUUGCCGAAGGACUGACAGGCAACAGGCAAUCUACGCGGUUCCCGGAUCGGCGGUCGUCCAGGGGGAGGGGGAUCCUGGUACAGGAGAUCCUCGCCUCUUCUGGGAAGACGACGCUGAGGAAACAGCUGGUGACCAGGCGGGUCAAGCCACGCUCAAUCCCCAUAUCGCGGCACUGAGAACGAUUUUGAUGACGUAUCAUACCUAUCGUCCUGAGCUGGGCUACGUACAAGGCAUGUCAGACUUGCUGAGUCCCACUUACGUCGUAUUUGGAGCAAAUGAAGCCGAUGCCUUCUGGGGGUUAGUGGGGAUCAUGCAGAUGCUGGAGAGCAACUUUCUUCGUGAUCAGAGUGGGAUGAAGCACAAGCUUAGCACUUUGCAGCAGCUCAUCAGAGUGAUGGACCCGGAAUUGUAUACCCAUUUGGAACGGACCGACUCUCUCAAUCUCUUCUUCUGCUUCCGAUGGAUACUUAUCGCUUUCAAAAGGGAGUUCUCAUUCGACGUGGUGAUCAAGCUUUGGGAUAUCUUAUGGACGAAUUAUUACUCGAAUGACUUUGUUCUUUUCGUCGCAUUGGCGAUCCUGCAGAGUCACCGGGAUGUCAUCAUCCGGUACUUGACAGAAUUUGAUGAAGUGUUGAAAUAUGCGAAUGACCUCAGCGGUACAAUCGAUCUUGAUACAACCCUUGCCCAAGCUGAAGUGCUCUUUCUCGCUUUUCGGGGUUUGGUCGAGGAUACGGAUCAUGACAACGCAUUGGAUGAAUUGGGUGAAUCAACCCUACGGCGUCGCCGAUUGAGCGCAGGGCAAUGUCUUGUUGGGUGGAAGGACACGGGAUCGGGGCUAUCCGGUGAGAUGAGUCCGCAAAUGGUAUCGCCAGGGGUCACUUCGCAUCAAGCGACGACCAGAGAGGGUGUUUCUGAAAACGUCCGUGGGCUCUCCAUCAGUUCGGUCCCCAUAGGUUACGCCUGA